AAUUCGUAUUGUUCUCGAGAAGAAACAAAACAGUGAAAUGCAGUUAGAUAUUUUCAAUUAGCUUUGGUGCUCGUUCGUGACAAUAUGUACAGGCAAGUGAAAAUGAUGUUCUGCCGAUCUAUGCUCAUCAUUGUAAUCGCUGCUGCCAAUCUUAGUCAGACUACACGCUUUCCCAAGUUCCAGUAUAAGUGGUCGGAGUAUAAUGUUGGUCUACUCGGGAAAAAAGAAAUCUGGUCAGAUUUAAAGAAAAUUUGUGAAUCAUCAGGUGGUUAUCUUGCAAGCUUCACAACUGUCGAUGAAGUUGUUGCCGUACUCGAUUACAUAAAAAAUAGGACUAAUUACCCAGACGGUAAGUAUGAGAUCGGCUUAUCUCGGCAGGCGGGUUUGCCACGGAAUGUUGAUGCAAACUGGAAGUGGGAAACAGGAGAGGAGUUCCGUUCUUCUAUUCAAUGGGCAGUUUUAGAACCUACUUUGAGCAGAUCCAAAAAAUGUGGGGCUAGGAUCGACAUAAGCACUGGUUUACUCUUUGAUAUUCCUGCUACCGAUAUAAAUCCCAAUGUACAGUCGAAAGGAUACAUUUGUGAAUAUGAUUCACUGUAUUUUCAAUCUGUGAAGAAUCGUGGAGUCACUAGGGAUGCUUCGUACAUGAGAUGUGCGCUGCGGUGUCUGCGACAGACCGAAUGCCAGGGAUUUCAUGUCAAUGAUGCUGGAUGUCAGAUUGAAAAGGAGAUAAAUGAUGACUCUAAAAGACAUUAUGCGAAAAUAGUUUACUCAAAUUAAUAGAAAAGAGGGAAUAAUUGGGUAGUAUUUUGAAUUUGUAUUUCUACCCAAUCAGAUUUUACUUUUCAUAUUUUUAUUAAUUUCUAUCAAAAAUAUCAGUC